AUUGAACUGGAAGCGGCGCGUCUGAUCCACACUGAGCGAAACGACCGGAUUCAAACCACCGUCGUUGAUUAAACMGGAACACAGUGAGAGGAGAGGACAACAAACACCAGGUGGCUUUGAAAGCAUGGAUUAUUUCAUGAUGCCGACAGAGAAGGUGUCGUCCUUACAGCACUUCAAGAAGACGGAGAAGGAUGUUAUUGGAGGUCUCUGCAGCCUGGCGAACAUCCCCCUCAGCCCAGAGACGGCCCAGGAUCAGGAGAGACGGAUUCGGCGUGAAAUUGCCAACAGCAACGAGCGCCGUCGUAUGCAGAGCAUCAACGCUGGUUUCCAGUCCCUGAAAACACUCUUACCACACACAGAUGGAGAGAAGCUCAGCAAGGCAGCAAUCCUUCAACAGACGGCAGAUUAUAUUUUCACUUUGGAGCAGGAAAAAACACAACUUCUCACACAGAACAAUCAGCUGAAACGUCUCAUCCAGGAGUUUAGUGGCUCAUCGCCUAAAAGGAGGCGAGCAGAAGAGAAGGAUGAAGGGAUUGGUUCUCCGGACGCGCUGGACGAAGAGAAAGUGGAGGAGCUGAGGAGGGAGAUGUUGGAGCUGAGGCAGCAGCUGGAUAAGGAGCGAUCGGCUCGCAUGCAGUUGGAAGAACAGGUGCGCUGUUUGGACACCCAGCUGCACCCGGAGCGUCUGAAGGUGUUAACCCAGAAGAUGGAGGAGGAGCAGRCACUUAUUCAGAACCAAAUGCUGCUACGGCUACAGCAAAUCCACGCUGCUGAUAAACAAACGCACAGUUCUCAGGUGUUGGCCUCUCCCCCUGCCCCGACCCACCACCCCACAGUCAUCGUCCCAGCUCCAACACUAACCCAACACCCCCACCAUCACGUCACUGUGGUGACCAUGAGCCCAUCUGCCCACGCCAGCACCGUGUCCACUUCCAGACAGAAUCUGGACACCAUUGUGCAGGCCAUCCAGCACAUCGAGCGCACUCAGAGGAGAGGCAGCGCGGAGGACGAGCAGAGACGAGCCGUCAUUGUUAGCCCCGCCCACGUUGCCAUGGACACCGCCUGCUCGGAGACGGACACGGACACAGAGGGAGAGGACUGUUCGAUGAACUGACCCGCCCCAUAAAUUUGCACGCCCACAAGGAGCUUGACUACUUAAAAAAAAAAAAGAGAGAGAGAGAAAUCUAACAAAAAAAUUGAAACUUUCUUCGGCAUUAUCCAAACUCUUAAAUCCAGUAGUUAAGCUCUGUGUCAGUCUUGUACUGUAAAUUUUCUGACGUUUUAACCUGAUGAGAAGGUCAGUGUGCAGAGGAGGCUCUGUGGGAGAGCUGGUCUGUCGCAACUUGAAAAACUAACUGAAAAUCUGUCAGAAUCAGUCAGAAUCUGUCGGCCCAUAAUGAGUUUUUAGUGUUGGUCCCUUACAGUCCCAGCAUCAGCCGUCCCCCGUCUUCACAGAAUUACCACAAACAGAUCACAGCACACCAGAAAGCUGAAUGUGAAACUGAGCAGCAGUUUCUCCAUUUCUUCUCACCCCRGCUGUGAUUUUAAACUUAAACUACAUUUUGAACUGCUUUUAUAAAACUUUAGAAUUCGGGAGAAAAUACAAAUUCAAGUUAAAAUCCAGCAAAUUUACUUGAAAAAUAAAGUUAUUUUAUCUACAGUCUUGAAAAAUGAGCUGAGCUGCAUCAGUUGUAAUGUUUUUUUUAUGUUCAUAAUUAAAGUCAGGGUUACCUAUCGCUGAARAAUAAGUGAAAUUUAGAUUAAUUUCAUAGUUUUGUCAAGUUUUAAAGAGGAAAACCAAAUUUGUGAGAGGUCUGAGCAUGGUUGCAUCGAGGCGGAAAAUUUCCAGAAACUUUUCAUGGACAGUUGAACUGGGGAGGUUUGUUUUGGGGGUGAAAACUUUUCAUAGGACUGAAAUAAAACAAGAAGCUGUUUGACAUUCAGUCGUAUUGAGUGGUUUUCAGAGGACGUUUGACCAGUAUGAUCCAUUUCUACCUGUCCAGGUGACAGUUUUUAGGCCGAAUUAUCAUUUCGUUGUCAUUGUACGGCAAUGAAAUGUUUUUUAAGUUUGUGCUAAAAUGUUUUUUCCAGCUACAUUUAAAAUCUGAAARGGGCAGCCUUCAAUAUUUUAUAAUCCAGAUUUAUUCCUGUUAAUUUCCACAAAUUCCUAUGAAAAGUUCUCAAUUUAAAAAAUAAAUAAUCACAACCCUCAGUCUAAAUUCAGCUGAAUCAAGCCAGUGAGCCCUUCAUUCAUUAUCAAAUGUUUUCAUUUGUUUUUGUUACAAACAGGAAGUGGUGGGCACAGUUCUGCAAAACCAUUCAGCCCAUUAGCCGUUUUGCUAACUUUGGAAAACAGUGGAACGGUUAGAUUCCUCUAAAUUACGUUCCAGUAAUUUUAAAUCUGCUACWUGUGUGAAACUUUUAUUUUUA